CUCCAUGGAGCAACAUUCGUUCAGCAAUCAAGCAACUAAUAGCAACAAGCCGAAAGCUUGCGAGCAAAAUUCAAAAGUGAAAGCAAAAAUCAAACAAUUUUAACGGUCACAAAGUGAAAGAAUUUCAAAAAAUAGAAAAUUAAAGUUCUAAAUUCUAAUUGAGAAAAUCUGUGAAAUAGACCGAAAAGCAAAAAAGACUAUACACAACCAUGAGUCAAAUUGUGAAGCAGACUUGCCGCUUGUGCCAAACAGCGGGCAAGCAAAUCAACUUUUUUCCAAAUCCUUGGAAGACAGCCGCGCCAGCCGCCUUCUCCACAUCGUGCACAUGCAAUCAGACAAAUGCCGCUUAUAAACCGGAAAGCCCUGCUAUGGUAUUCUCAAAGAAAAUUCUUUCAAAAGUCUCGUUGAAGAAAAUCACCGGACGCCCAGUGCCACAAGAGGAUCCAUGGAAGCCAUGGCCCAACAGCGUGAAUCCAUACACUGGUGAAAUUGGCGGUCCAGCUGGUCCCGAACCGACACGCUAUGGCGAUUGGGAGCGCAAAGGUCGCGUCUCCGACUUCUAGCCCAAAGAAUACUAUUUUCAAUUUAGCAUUUAAGCAUUUGUAAGAUAAAAAAACAAAAAUCCAACUACCUACAUUAUUUACGUGCAUAUUGUGUUGAAGCAAUAUUUAGUUAGUAAGCAAAAGCCUAGACUGAAUAAGUGUGUUAAUUUAGAUUUUAAUAAAUGACCAAAAUAUUUUAUGUAAAAAA